CUCAAGUCUGCGCUUUCAGGUUCAGUUUCAGGGUCUCGCCCGCAGCCCUGGCCGGCAGGCGCGCAGCCGGCGGCGGGGCCCGGGCGGCAGGGUCCUCUGGGGGCCCCGGAAUUAGGAGGCGGCGUCCGGGAGCCCCCGGAGGAGGAUGGGCUGCGGACACAGCCGGCUGAGCUGCUGCAAACCCCCCAAAAAGAGACGCCAAGAACCAGAUCAGCCACCCAGACCGGAGCCCCAGGAACUAGGUCCCCUCAAUGGGGACACAGCCACAACCGUCCAGCUCUGUGCAUCUGAGGAGGCUGAGCAGCACCAGAAGGAAAUUGCCAGACUUCUCCAGCAGCACGAAGAGGACAAGAAGAAAUGGGCACAGCAGGUGGAGAAGGAGAGGGAGCUAGAGCUUCAAGAGAAACUGGCCGAGCAGCGGAGAGUUCUGGAAGGCGAGCAUGAGGCAGCCCUGCAAGCCCUCCGGACCUCACAGGAGCAAGAGAAGGAAGCCCUUACCCACUCCUUCCAGGAGGCCAAGGCAGCCCUACAGGAGACCAUCGAUGGACUGAGCUCCCAGCUGGAGGCCUUCCAGGCCAAGAUGAAGAGGGUGGAGGAGUCCAUCCUGAGCCGAGACUAUAAGAAGCACAUCCAGGAUUACGGGAGCCCCAGUCAGUUCUGGGAGCAGGAGCUGGAGAGCUUGCACUUCGUCAUUGAGAUGAAGAAUGAGCGUAUUCAUGAGCUAGACAAGCGGCUGAUCCUCAUGGAAACAGUGAAAGAAAAAAACCUGAUGCUGGAGGAGAAGAUCACCACCCUCCAGCAGGAGAACGAGGACCUCCACGUCCGAGGCCGCAACCAGGCGGUUGUGUCCAGGCAGCUCUCGGAGGACCUGCUGCUGGCCCACGAGGCCCUGGAGAAGGAGUCGCAGCUGAGGCGACAGCUGCAGCAGGAGAAGGAGGAGCUGCUGUACCGAGUCCUCGGGGCUGACGCCUCCCCCGCCUUCCCCCUGGCCUCCGUCACGCCCACUGAGGUCUCCUUCCUGGCCACAUAGGCUCAGGGCCUGGCCACCAUGCCGCCUGUGUCACCGCUCCCUCUGCCGGACCUUCCGAGGAGACGGCAGGAGCCUCUCGUUCUGUCCCCGGGAGGGACGGGGUCAGGAGAGAGAUGGGAGCCGGGUGUGUGCCCGGUGAGCCGCGGGGCUUGGGCCACGUAGACUCACCCACGGGCGUUAGAGGCCCCAGGAAGCCUUCCCUCAAGUUGGCCCAGGGAACAAGCAAGAGGAGCCCUUCCGGCCCUCCCCCCUCUCUCUGUUCAAAUCAGGGAGUUUUGAGGCUUUUCCCAGGGGGAGCCUGUGCCGCUUUGAGCAUCGGACAAAGAGGACACAACCUCCUGGUCUUAACUUGUGAGCUUUGCUGCCAGCUCAUCAACCUACCCUUAGAUGUCCGCACUUCUGCCCUGGCCUUCUCUCAGCCUCAGUUUACCGUUCAUCUAAAGCAGAUGGGGGAACUGAGCAAAUGACUCUUACGUCACGACAGUGUCCCAUUCUAGGAUUGUCUGAAGGUCAGAUAGGGACUUCGGGACAGGGGAGGAAGUGGGCCAAACCCUACGAUUCACCUGGGAAAGGGAGCAUCUGGGAGGGGGUCAAUGGAGGCCCUUAGGCUGGCAGUGCCAGGGGCCACCCAUCCAAGGCAGGGUCUGGGCAGGGCAUCAGACAUGCCACUGCUCCUGCUCCCAGAGUCUGGUCAACCCAGGGCAUAUGGCCAGAGCUCCUCCUUGACCAGGCAAAGCUCACUCCUCAGCCCUCCGGGUCCUCAGUCUCAGUGCCAUGUGGGCACGGGGCCCACCUGGUGCAUCUGAAUCACUCCACAGCCAACGCUGGAACCUCCUCUCUGUCCAGAUGAGGAAACCUAGGUGGGGAGUGGGGCUCACGGAGCCAGGACAGGGUCCUCAUCUACCAUUCAGGUCUCAUCGUGUGCUUUUUCUUUCUCCCCAGGCUCUGGGAAGAUCAAAUCUGUGACAGUCUUUCUCCUCCUUCCUCUCUCUGGCCCCCACCCACUCCAGUCUCUCUUUUACUCCUGCUCGCACCUUAACUCCUUCUACCACCCCUGACCCCAGGCCCCUAGCACCUGGCCCUCCGCUUCCCCACCAGUGCAAAGGGGUGGCUGGAGCAACUCACCCAGGCAGGCCAGUCUGGCCCUCCUAUCUGUGGAUUUAAGAUUCUUCUCAGGAAGCUUCCGGUCAGCAGGAGGCUAUAAUAACAACCUUCCUUGCUUAGAGCAUUUUAAUUAAAUGCUUUCUGAUACACCUCCCACUCCGAUCUGCAUAAAAUAUUGAAGCAGGUUCUUACCUCUCUUCAACAUCAAAGCAGACAGAUCACAGGAGCCCGAGGGCCUUGCCUGAGGCCCCCAGCGCCAGCCCCCAGCCCUGGGCCAGCUCGUAGGAAAAGUUAGUCCACUAGAACUAAGGUUUCCCUCCAUCGUCCCAGCUUCAUUCAUUUCUAGUUCGGGGGGGUUCUGCAGGGCUAGGGGAGUCCAGCAGUGGGCAGAUGGGUUAUCCAGGAGCCUUGGGGCAGCUCUGGAGUGACUUACACGCGGAUUUCUUCACGUAACUUUCCCCAAAGCCUGUCUGGGAUACACUAGUUCAUUGGACACAACCAAAAAAAGUGGUGGCCAAGUAAUUUGAGCAACUCUAGGUUCAAUCUGAUCAAGCAGAUCUGCCAGCUGCAGGCCUUCUCAGAACCUUUAAUAUGCUAACAGACAUUUCAGAGUCCCAGGGAAGAAGCAAAGCGUUUCCUAAACUUCUCUGACUGCGUUCAGAGCGCUUCCGGCGGCAGAAUGCCCUUUGGAAAGCCUGUUUCUAUGGGCGGGGCGGGCUGGAAAGGGGGCAGGUUGUGGGGAGCAGGGUUUCCCUGUGUAGCCUGUGGUGCCCGGAGGAGAUAAACUGUGGUCUUAGCCUCACCCUGGGGCAGACAAGCUAUGGAAACCAAAUAGAAACACAAUAGUA